UCGGUGUUGCUCACUGUUUGCUGGGUGGUGGGUGAGCUUGAGCGGGAGCCCGGCUUUGGGAGACUUGCGAACAGUUCCCAGCGAGCGAGAUCGCGCCAGAGAGAGAAGAGCGAGAGUGAGGGAGUGAGUGCGAGGGAACCUAGAGGAGUCAGGGCGAGAAAGUGAGGGCCCGAGGAGGACGCACGAUUGAGACAGAGUGACCAUGGCUGUCUCCGUACCUCCGGUGAUCUCUGCAACUUCCAGCGGUGCGGGAGUCCCAGGGGGCUUAUUUCGGGCCGAACUCCCGUACUCGACUCCGGGAGAGCCCCCUCGUCUCACCCCCAAUAUGAUCAACAGUUUCAUGGCCAACAACCACAGCUGCAGCGCCGGGGGCGGCGGGGUCGGUAGUGGCAGCGGCAGCAGCGGCAACACCAACACCAACGAGUGCCGGAUGGUCGACAUGCACGGGGUGAAGGUGGCUUCAUUCCUGAUGGACGGCCAGGAAUUGAUCUGCCUGCCGCAAGUCUUUGAUCUUUUUCUCAAGCACCUGGUAGGAGGGUUGCACACAGUCUACACCAAGCUGAAGAGACUGGACAUAUCCCCUGUGGUGUGUACUGUUGAACAGGUUCGGAUCCUCCGUGGGCUGGGGGCCAUCCAGCCCGGGGUGAACCGCUGCAAACUCAUUACCAGGAAAGACUUCGAAACUUUGUUCACAGAUUGCACCAAUGCCAGAAGGAAGAGGCAAAUGACAAGAAAACAAGCUGUUAACAGUUCAAGGCCUGGCAGGCCCCCUAAGCGUUCUUUGGGAGUGUUGCAGGACAAUGCCCGCCUUCUGCCCCAUGCAGUCCCAGGCCUCUUAUCGCCAGGACUUAUCACUCCAACAGGUAUAACAGCUGCAGCAAUGGCUGAGGCAAUGAAGCUGCAGAAGAUGAAGCUUAUGGCUAUGAAUACUCUUCAGGGAAGUGGAAGCCAAAAUGGGACCGAAUCAGAGCCUGAUGAUCUUAAUUCUAACACGGGUGGAAGUGAAUCCUCCUGGGAUAAGGAUAAGAUGCAGUCUCCUCUUGCUGUUCCUGGACCCCAACAUGGAAUUGCUCAUGCAGCCCUAGCUGGCCAGCCAGGCCUUGCGGGUGCUCCUACCCUCAAUCCACUGCAACAGAACCACCUGCUAACCAAUAGGCUGGAUCUGCCGUUUAUGAUGAUGCCUCAUCCCCUACUUCCAGUCAGCUUACCUCCUGCAUCAGUUGCCAUGGCAAUGAAUCAGAUGAACCAUCUCAAUACUAUUGCCAAUAUGGCUGCUGCAGCCCAGAUUCACAGUCCUCUCUCCAGAGCUGGUACUUCUGUUAUAAAGGAGCGGAUCCCAAAGAGUCCUUCUCCUGCUCCUUCUCUGGAAGAGGGUCAUCACCCUGAGAGCCAGACCUCUUCUCAUCCCAGCAGCAGUGUGUCCAGCUCUCCCUCUCAGAUGGAUCAUCAUUCAGAGAGAAUGGUUAUGAUGCCCAACAAUAGAGAGGAAGCUAUUGUUGAUCAGGAUAAUGGACCAACCAUCAAAAAAUUCCAAAGAAAUAAUAAAGAAGAGGUACCAGUUCAAAUUCCAAUGAUGAAGUCACCUUUGGACAAGAUCCAACUGACUCCUGGGCAGGCAUUGCCUCCUGGAUUCCCUGGACCAUUCAUUUUUGCUGAUAGUCUGUCCUCCGUGGAGACUCUGUUGACCAACAUUCAGGUCAACAAUAUUUCUAUAAACAAAAUAAAUGGUCUACUGAAAGUGGCGUUGGAUAAUGCUCGCAUCCAAGAGAAGCAGAUUCAGCAAGAAAAGAAGGAACUGAGGAUGGAGCUCUAUAGAGAGAGGGAAAUUAGAGAAAACCUUGAAAGACAACUUGCAGUUGAGCUUCAAAGUAGAACUACCAUGCAAAAGCGCCUGAAAAAGGAGAAAAAAGCUAAGAGAAAACUGCAGGAAGCCUUGGAAUUUGAAUCAAAGCGUCGAGAACAAGUGGAGCAGGCACUUAAGCAAGCCACCACUAGUGACAGUGGCCUAAGGAUGUUAAAAGAUUCUGGAAUUUCAGAUACUGAAAUGGAAAACAAUGGGACUCCUCAUGAUAGUGCUGCUAUGCAAGCCUGAACACUGAUGCCGGAACUCCAACUGAUCAUAGGCACGAAUAGGGUGCUGUAGCAGUUACCUGCUUAAUUAGUGUUGUAAUUCUUUAGAAUUCAUACUCAAAUUCCUAAAAUAUGGAACCUACAAUUACUAUUUGUUUAUAACUGAUAAAUAGAACCCUGCACGUACAGAAAAAAUGUGCUAGAGAAUGGGCUUUAUGAGUCUUUAGAGGAUAAUCAUAAUGAUGACUAAACAUGAUAUUUUACACUUUUUUUAACCCCUUUCUUCCAAAGAGUUAACAGUGCUUCACAAACAUUAUCACAUUAACCCACAUAGCAUCCUAGUGGGGUAAGUAGGUGGAAGAAUUUUUAAGACAAAGAAAGUGCUAUUUCUAAGUGGUAUAAGAGAAGUUAAAAUACAGACAUGUCUACUUUAAGCUGUGAUUAUUAUGAAAUAGCUUUUUAUUUGUCUGUCCUGGGAUUUAGCAGGAAGUAUAUCAGGAGAUAAUUCAUUUGUGCAAAUGAUCAAUAUUUGUUAUCACUGCUUUGGAGCUCAGAUUUCUCAAAGAAACACUUUGCCUGUAAUAUUCUCUAAUGGAAUACAAGGAGCUCUAGUUUCUAGAUUUUACCAUGCCUACUGUUUCCCUUGAACUGUUGGCAGAGCAAGACACUUAACCCCUUUUUAGUAGAGCAUUCCUUAUCUGUAAAGAAGGCAAUGAUAAAACCAUAUACCCAAGCUACUAAAAAUGCCCCCUUUAUUCUUUUCUUCUCGCCUCCCAUCCCCAAUCUUGCUUCCUUUUUAUUAAGCUAUCAAUAAGCAAACAGAACAAAAAAUCUAUAGACAUGAGAAAGGAGAAAGGGAGAUAUGAUGGGCCAAUCACAUCAUGGAUAUUUUCACUCUUCACUAUUGGCCUAGAUAUAAAUAGAUGCCUAACAUGUUCAAGUGAUUAGGACCAAAUGGGUCAUUUGGCUUGAAUUGCCCAGGAAAUGGCCUCACAUAUUUUUAACUAUUUACUUAAUGGGGGCCUGGCCACAGGCUAGUGGCAAGAUACCUUUCAUCAUCAUUUUCAUACCUACUAAAAAUAUAACAGAGCAGCAUUCUAGUGCGCUAUAUGGUACUCUAGUGAUCAGAAAGAUUUAAUGCCCCUCCUAAAGUUCCCUACACCAAGCAAAAUCUAAUCCAUUGUGUUAUUUUUAUUUUUGCCCUAGAAUUAAUCAUUAUGUGACAAAAGCAUCACUUGUCUUACGCAAAAGGCCAAACUGAGUUUUUAUCCAUUCUCCAAUAAUCAGUUCCCUGUGGCAGUACAUGCAAUUUCUGUUGGAAUGGCAACCUACCUUGCACACUUAAAAUAUUAUAUUAAUUCAUACCAAUGUGACAUUUCAGUCAUUACAUGCUCUGAAGGAAUUUCUUCUACAGCAUAGGAAUUUGGAUUCUGGUAUUUUCCACAGAUUGUAUAAAGAUCUGCUUAUGUAGAAUAGGUGUACUCUUCUAAUCUAAUUCAGUGAAAUAAUGCCAAAUUAGACAUAGGACAUGAAGAAGGAUGGAGGUAAUCAGAUUAAAAUUUUUAUUAAUAUCAAAUAUCUAAAUAACAAUGAGGAGUGACUAAAAUUAUAACAUCCAAAAAUGUCUCAUCAUUAUAUAGUCAAAUGGCAUAAAUUGGAAUAUAGGUAUAAUUGAACAGAAUUUUCAAAUUAAUUAAGUCACUUAAGUACUGUCUUUUUACAAAUAGAUAUGUUUAAGUUACUUUGUUUGAACCAUAAAGACUCCUC